GUGUGUUUAUCACACCACAGUACAAAACAACCAAACAAAAUAUGUUAACAAAACCCACCGUUAAGUCACUGAUGUUAUUUCAGUCAGUUAUUUGUACUUAUGGCAGAGAGUAGCAGUAGUUAACGGAACGAAAGCAAAAAAAUAAAAAUAUUAUAGCAGCGGCUAAAAUCAAUAGCAGCUCUAUACAUAUUCUCAACAAAACCACAUAACAACUGCUGGGCAAAUAAUAAAGUGGGGAAAGACAAAACAGAAAACCUCAAGAAUUGAAACAAAAAAUCAAAGCGUCAUAGAAAAACAAAACGAAAAAAACAACAUAAGUGCAAAAAAUGAAAUUUUAAGAAUAUUUUAUGCCAGAAAAAAGUCCAUCAUUAAACUUCCCACUUGCGUGUGUGUUAAAUUAGCAUUUAAUUUAAGAUGAAAAAAAACUCAGUGUGUUAAUUAUUGGCAUAACGUAUACCAAAGUAGCAGCAGUAGCAGCAGCAAUAGAAUCUUUGUUGGAUAUACCUAUCAAUCUCCCCAACACUAUCUGCAACUAAAAGUGGAGCACUUCAGUAAAAGCACCAGACGACAAAAACGAAUAACAACUAAACUAACUUCAUCAUCAUAUGCAAACAGACUUCCACGAAGAUAAACGAAAAGACUUUCCGCAGCAAACUCUUUUAAUUAUUAAUAUACCAAAGAUUUAUGGUUUUAAAACUUAAAAGUAUAACUCUAGAGAAGGACAGAAAAAUUACAAAUAAUUUCCUCGUCAUAAAGUAUCUAUACAAUUGCACAACCCACAUACGCACAUAAGGAUGACAUUUGGUUUGACAAACGUCAACGUUUAGGGCAAGCAACAAUCGCACAGCAGUAGCCUCAGCCACUAUACCUAUACCACCACCAUUCUAAAAUAAAACGCCUCUAUCGUUUUUUCGAAGAGGACAUACAGAAACAACGCACAAUUAUAGAGAGAGUCAGACGACGCACGUAAGAGCCCCCAUUUACGUCAAAGGGCAACCCAGCCACCCACUAACUAACUAAACAGUUGUCAAUUUCUCACCACUCACUCGCCAAGAACAACAACUCUCGCUUGCUCACAAAAAUCACUCCCUUACUUUUGGAGAAGUAAAAGUGCAAAAAAAAACCAAAAGCAGCAACAAAUACAACAACAGGACGAAAAUAUAACAAGAGCAUCGACGGAGAAGAAGAAGAAGCAGCAGCAGCUACAGCCACCAUGUUGACAUUCAAUUUAAAGCAACACCCACGCUCAACAUCAACAUCUCCUCGAUUAAUUUCCACAUUUGCAUUAUGCUUCUUGGCCAUUAACUUUAUUGUUGUCGUCUAUACUCCAAGUUUGUGUCAAGGUUACAUUAUCAAAGAAGAUGAAAGUUUCCUGCAACGUCCAUACUAUGCCACGCAAGCCGAUAUCGAGGAUGCCUUUGCUCGUCUCGCCAAACAAUUUCCCGAAAAUGCCCAAGUAGAGACCAUAGGCCGCUCAUUGGAAGGCAGGCCAUUGGUUCUCCUGCAUAUUGGCCAAAAUGUACGCCAUCGUAACCUGCUAACUCCCAUGGUCAAAUAUAUAGGCAAUAUGCAUGGUGAUGAAACCAUUGGUAGACAGCUGUUAGUCUAUUUGGCUCAAUAUCUAUUGUAUAAUUAUCACACAAAUCUAGAGGUUGCCGAAUUGGUGAAUAACACCGAUAUCUACUUAAUGCCCACCAUGAAUCCAGAUGGCUUUGAGAGGUCACAGGAAGGUAAUUGUGAAUCUUUGCCCCAUUACAUUGGCCGCACCAAUGCGGCCGGUGUUGAUUUAAAUCGCGAUUUUCCCGACCGUUUGGAUUCACAGCAACAAAUUCAGCAACGUUCGCUGACACGGCAACCGGAAACCGCGGCCAUUAUUGAAUGGGUGUUGAGCAAACCGUUUGUAUUGUCGGCAAAUUUCCAUGGUGGAGCUGUGGUGGCCAGUUAUCCAUAUGAUAAUUCAUUAGCUCACCAUGAAUGCUGCGAGGACAGUUUGACCCCUGACGAUCGUGUGUUUAAACUCAUGGCCCACACCUAUGCCGAUAACCAUGCCAUAAUGCGCAAGGGUGCCAAUUGCAAUGACACAUUUACCGAUGGCAUUACCAAUGGCGCUCAUUGGUAUGAACUAAAUGGAGGCAUGCAAGAUUUCAACUAUGCCUUUAGCAAUUGUUUCGAGUUGACAAUUGAGUUGUCAUGUUGCAAAUACCCUGCGGCAAAGACACUGCCUGCUGAGUGGCAGCGCAAUAAGCGCAGCUUGUUGCAACUACUGAAACUGGCCCAUAUAGGAGUGAAAGGUGUGGUUAAAGAUGUCAAUGGUUAUCCCAUACAUGAUGCAACAAUUGUGGUUUCCGGUUUGGAGGAGAAACCUAUACGUACCACGCGACGAGGAGAAUACUGGCGUCUGCUGACUCCAGGCAUUUAUAAUAUACAAGCUUUGGCUUUUGGUUACCAGGCCAGUGUAGCACAACAAGUCCAUAUAACCAAUGACAAGAAUGUGGCACAGCGUUUGGACUUUACCUUGUCGCCGAUUGAGACCAACUAUGAUGGUGAUUUUCGCAAAGUAAAAGUUGUACGAGCCGACAGUGAUGAGGAUAUUGAAAAAAAUGGAGGGUUCUUGACACCCACCAAAUUCGAGCAUCAUAAUUUUGUGGCCCUGGAAAAGUUUGUACACGAUAUAGCUGACUCAUAUCCGUCCAUAACCAGACUGUAUUCCAUUGGUAAAUCCGUCCAGAACCGUGACCUUUGGGUUAUGGAAAUUUUUGCCACACCGGGUGAACAUGUUCCGGGAGUGCCAGAAUUUAAAUAUGUAGCCAAUAUGCAUGGCAAUGAGGCUGUGGGCCGUGAAAUGCUCAUCCUAUUGACCAAAUACAUUUGUGAGCGCUACAAUUUCGAUAAUCGCAUAACCAAAAUGGUAAACACCACCCGCAUGCAUUUCCUGUACUCCAUGAAUCCGGAUGGCUAUGAAAUGGCAAGAGAAGGUGAUAAGUCCAGUGCCUUGGGGCGAGCAAAUGCCCAUAAUAUUGAUCUCAAUCGCAAUUUUCCCGAUCAAUAUGGCACAGAUAAGUUCAAUAAGAUCACAGAACCCGAGGUAUUGGCCCUUAUGAAUUGGACUCUGAGCAUUCCCUUUGUUUUGUCAGCCAAUUUACAUGGUGGCUCUUUGGUGGCCAAUUAUCCUUUUGAUGACAAUGAGAAUGAUUUCAAUGAUCCCAUGACCAGAUUACGCAUGGCCAACGGAGCCCAUAAACUGAAUCCUACCGAGGACAAUGCUUUGUUUCAACAUUUGGCCCAGGUCUAUGCCAAUGCUCAUCCCACCAUGCAUUUGGGUAAUCCUUGUCCUUUGUUUAAGAAUGAACAUUUCCCUGGCGGCAUUACCAAUGGCGCCCAGUGGUAUAGUGUGACGGGAGGCAUGCAAGACUGGAAUUAUAUGAAGGCAGGAGUUUUAGAAUUGACCAUGGAAUUGGGUUGUGAUAAAUUCCCCAUGGCAUCGGAGUUACCCAAAUAUUGGCAAGAUAAUCGCGAGCCUUUAUUGUUGUUCAUAGAACAAAUUCAUAAUGGAGCACAGGGCUUUGUGCGUAGUUCGAUAGGUACGCCAGUACCAGGAGCGGCCAUAAUGUUGGAUGAUGCCAAACAUGCUACCUACAGUGGGACCUAUGGGGAUUAUAUGAAGUUGGCAUUGCCGGGGGUGCACAAUAUAACGGUAUUGGCUGAUGGAUUCUCUCCCCAACGCGAACUUAUUGAGGUGCCAGCCAGCGGAAAAAUCCAUUUGGACUUUACCCUAAUGCGUGAUGAUCCCCAACAUUGGGCCUCGGCCAACGAUUAUCGUAUCAUAGAAAAUGUGGUGCAUACUCGUUAUCAUACAAAUGCCGAACUACGAUCCACUUUGGCCGAAUUUGAAUCUCGUAAUGGUCAAAUAGCUGCUUUUGGUUAUGCAGAAUCUGAGUUUGGUUUAUAUUACAACUCCAUUAAAUUGACAGCAGAUAUUGGCGCCCCCGAGGAAAACAAAUAUAAAAUUCUGAUCUUAAGCUCCUUCUUUGAUUCUGCUUCACCUUUGGGUCGUGAAAUUUCCAUGAAUAUGGUACGCCAUGUCAUUGAGGGUUACAAACUAAGGGAACCCUUAAUUAUGAAGCUGCUACAAAACAGCGUUUUGUAUUUCUUGCCAAUAACGGAAAAUUUUGAGCAGGUUUUCAAGAUUUUCAACAAAAACAACUCCAUAUGUGAUCCCGUCAUUGGCAAUGAGUUGGGAGAACGUAUUUUAAGCCCUGAAUCCGAAAAGAGAAGAAAUCUCUUGCUGACAUUUUUAGAAAACCAAAGAUUCGAUUUAAUGUUGACUUUCUCCACAGGAUCGUCGGAAUUAAGUUACCCCAAAGGAGAACAAAUCUUUGAGAAAUUUGCCCAUAACAUAGAAAAUACAGAAUUCAAUUAUUCCCCCCUGCAGUGCUCCUCUACCUCAACGCGAGCCUUACGCCACGACAUUACAGAACGUUUGACCAAUCUCUUGUACAAAAUGUACAACAUACCCAUGUUUACAUUGGGUCUCUCCUGUUGCAGUAUGCCUGACCAAAAGGACAUCACCUCGGCAUGGCGUAAAAAUAUUGAAAAGCUUAAGAAUUUCCUGCAUUUAGUGGAUACCGGGGCAGUGGGUUUUGUGCACAAUGCCGAGGGUCAGCCCAUACGCGAAGCUUUCAUACGCAUCAUAGACCACAAUCCUGUUUAUAAUGUUAGUAAAAAUGCUGCCCGCUUCCAAUUGAUACUGCCCGAAGGCACUUAUGCCUUGGAGGUGAGUGCCCCCAAUUUCGAAACCCAAGUUGUAAAGGCAGUGGUGAAACAUGACGAAAUUACUGAUUUGGGAGUCAUUAAACUAGCUCCCUAUACCCUUAUAGUGGGUCAUAGUGAAAUACAGCCCCUGGGCAGAUUGGGAGACUUAAUAGAUACCACCAUGGUUUCGGGCUUUGUGCUGGACAUGUCCAAUCAUCCCAUACAGCAUGCCAAAGUGUCAGUGGUCAAACCCAUUGUUAAACAUUUCAUACGCAAUUUCACUGACAGUUUGGGUACUUAUAUACUGAAAAAUGUGCCCACAGGAGAAGUUACUUUAAAGGUGGAGGCACCUCGAUUCCUGGAAACUUCAAGGCUGGUCAAUGUUGCAUCCAUGGGUGCUGAAGUAAAAAAUGUGGUUUUCCAUUUGAAGAGGAAUGAGCACGUUAUGGGUAUGCCACGUUUUGUGUUCAUCAUAUUGGCCAGUUUGGCCAUUAUUACCGGCGUUGUAAUGUGCAUUUUGUGUGCCCAAUGUCUAUUGGCUAGACGACAUCGAGGUGAUAAGCCCUAUUAUAAUUUCUCCUUGCUGCCACAAAAGGGCAAGGAACUGUUCGAAGAUGAGGGAGAUGAUGGAGAGACAGAAUUGUUUAGAUCUCCCAUAAAGAAGGGCAUGACCAUUAAACCCUACUUCGAUGAGGACGAUGAUGAUUUGAAACGAAUUAUACAUUCCGACAACGAUGAUGAUGAUGAUGAGGAUGAUGAUAACAAUUUUCAACACAGUGGCAUAGGCAUAGAUGCCGAUGACAGUGGCGAAGAAAUUGUUAUGCUGGAGAAAGGUCAUCAUUGAGAGUAAACAACAAAACUGUGAUCUUGAUUGUGACACAAGCAAACGACUCGAAUCUCAUUGAGAAAAUAAAAAACAACAGCAAACAUUCCCCCAAACAGAGUCUGUAUAUGAGUUUUAAAGUAAGUUAUUUCAAAUCAAAAAUUUCUUUUUUUGUAUAAUAUUAUUUUUUGUUUAUUUUAUAGUUUUUAACCAUUCGUACAUUACCAGAAACUGCUUUAAUACGGUUUAAUGAAAAAAAAAAAACAGAAUUUCCUUAAUAGAACUUGCUCAAUUUUUUGAUACAAAUCUAUUUAUAUACAUAUAUACAAAUUAAAAUAGAAAUUUAUUAAUAUUUACAAAAAAAGACAAACAUCACAUCAAUGAAAGAAAAGCUUUAGCCGUAUAUUUAUCUAUAAGACAA